CCGGAACCUUUGUGCUGUGCUGUGAGGAAGGGGCGGUUGGUGUUACAUGUUGCUCUGAAUGGAUGUGGGCUGACAGGGCAGGCAUGGCAGCCGGGUACAUGCAGCAGUUUUGGGGUUCGGCGGCACUGGGCCUUUCCCGAGGAGUCUUGAUGGGCCGCUUCGCCGCCCUUCGGCCUCUCGGCAUGCUGCUGCCCCCGCAGCCUCGGCCGCUGGUGAUGAGGGUCCAGGGAGUGGGAGGCGACGGAGCUCUGGACGAGAAUCCCUUCUCCGCAAAAUACCAACACAAGAUCCAGGAGCUGCGCAAAUCUAAUCCUGAUAUUUUUGCAACUCGAAUGGAGACAAGGAGCGAUGAGAAAAAGAAGCCAGUGGGAUAUUCAAAGCAAGCAGAAUUUGUCAGAUUCAUGGAGGAAAAGGCAGAUGCCUUGGGCUAUAAAGCAUCAAAAGGAGGAUUCACAAAAAAUAAGACGCUUGAUUCUAUACUUAAUGUUGAGAUGGUGAAACAGAAGAAGCCUGAAGAAAUAAAACAGAUAUGGAAGCAAUAUUUUUCUGGAGAGGACACUGUUUAUGCUGUUAUUCCUGGCAAGAUCUUUGAUUUGAUGUGGAAGCGAGCUCAGCACUGCCCAUCUUUUCUGUUUGCAUUGCCGAGGAACGAAGGCUAUGAGUUUUUUGUGGGCCAGUGGUCAGGAGCAGAACUCCAUUUCACUUCUCUCAUAAACAUUCAGACCCAAGGUGAAGCUGCAACUAGCCAGCUGAUCCUGUACCAUUACCCCGAGCUUCAAGAGGACAAGGGGAUUGUACUGAUGACAGCAGAAAUGGAUUCCCGUUUCCUGAAUGUGCCAGAAGCUCAGUGCCUAGCCAGCCAGGUGCAGCUAUUUUAUGCAACAGAUCGACAGGAGACCUACAAUUUAGUGGAAACAUUUAACCACCAGCCAGAUCAGUUUAAGUACAUGUCUGUAAUCACUGAGCUUGAGCAGAGCAAGCUUGGGCAAGAACUGAGACCUCAGCAGGACCCACCAAUGCCUACUGCUUGAGGAGUGCAGUAGCCUCGAACAGACGCAAGCGACAUUGACAUCUAAUGGUGUCUUGGCACAGGCAUUUCUCUGUUGUGAAAAGAGUCAUCCAUGGAAUCUGAUGCGGAGAAGAAUGUCAUCUCACAAAGUGGGCCACUCAGGCUGUGGGCCCAAUGAGGGCACUUAGGUAGCCUCACCUGGCCAGCUUAUGUACUGAUCCCAUAAUAUAUUUCUGAAUGGCAGAAGAAAUGGAGAAAGAAAAAUGCAUUCAGCCAUUAGCGUAUAUCAGUGUCCACUGUGUGUUUGAAAUUGCACAGGUCAGCGAAUUUCCGCUUUUGUGAAGGUUCUAGAUAUCUCCUGUUCACUUAGCAACAACAAGAGAAGGAUAAGGUGAGCUGAAAGGGACUCCUGUCAAUUGAAUGAGAUGAUGAGUUUUUACACAUGCUGUAUUUUAUUAUCAUCAUCAAUGGUUGUGAUGCUUUACAAGAGGUGCAAAAUGCAUGUUUUUUGGAAAUCUGUAAACACCAAAAAUACCAGCCAUCUUGCAUCAUGCAUAAUUGAAAACAUGAACUGAUAUUUUGUUUUAAAAUUGUAAUUCAGUUAAAGAGGUGUGAGUGCCUGUUGUAUUGUGGUAAACAGAUGAUUUCCUUAAUAGUGAUAUAGUGCUUUCAGCCUUUUAAGUGCCUUAUGAGAUACAAUCAAAUUGUCACUGAAACAAGUAAUAGCUGACCUACAGAAUACCAGAAUGAACGGUUCCUGGAAUUUCCUGAACCUAAUGCUUGUCCACCUCUCAUUUAGGUCCUCAAAUGCAAAUCUGGGCCUGAGGAAAUGAGAAAUGGGACAGGGAAGAAAGACGUCUAGCUAAUUUUACAAAUGAAUGAUGAACAGAGUUCUAACGUUCUCAGAACUGAGAAUAGAUUAUGAAGUCCAUAUGAGACCAAGAUUGGCUCCUUUCUCAAGCUAAGAAAUAGAUGCCUGAUCCAUCCCUUAGAUUCAUAGUAAAGGGCCAGUAGCAUUAAGAUGCUUACUCUGGUCCAAGGAGGAGAGCAGAAAAGGAAAUGUUAUUUUGAUUUGGGGAAUAUAUUUCUUUAAAAUCAGGUUGUGAGAUUGAAUCAUACACUUUGUGUCCAAGUGUUCUUUAGUCUAUGGUCUGGUGCUCAUUCUGCCAAAAAAAAAAUCUUUAUUCUAUGUCUUAAAGAUACAUUAUUCAAAACAUAAUCCUGUCUUGUACUUUGAAAUAACUUGCUUAAAUUCACAUUUUUGUUUCUUUGAAAACCAAAGAAUUACAAUACCUUAAUGAAAACUAGAAAUGAAAAGAGUAAGAAAAGAAAGGACCCAAUUUAAAGAAAUCUCACUUGAUCGAUUAUAUAUGGUUUGAUUUAAAUAUGCAUGUAUUUGUGUAUGAAUAAAUACAGUAACUGUGCGGGGAAAUGGUUUGUUUUUAGACGAUGCACAUAGCAGGCAGUGACUUAGAAGAGGCAUUUCCUUUUGUGUCAGUAUCUAAGGGAAAUAAAUCUUUUAAGAUGGCGCCUGCCACCUGCAGUUUUUCUGAAUAUUUGUAUGAAAAACAACUGGGGAG